AUGCUUGUUUACAUACAAUUGAAGAGAAAUAAGGCCAAUCAUCCUGUUAAACGUUUUAAACCCAACGAAAUCUCAAAACAAUGCCGAGUAAUGUGCACAAAAAAGCUCUAUGAAGGUCAUACGCACACAAAACCUCGAAUGCCUUCGCCUCGUUCAGUUUACGGACCGCAACUGCUAUCUAUAGAUCCUACGGCAGCAAUGGCCUGUAAUUCGGGAAAUCUUGAUCCAAACGUCAAUAUGGGUACAGGUUUGGUGGGAAUAGCAGCUGGUGGCAAUUCGGCGUCAUUGGGAAACAAUCAAAUUGAUUGCAAAAUAAUGACACUACGUCGCCGUGUAAACUCGAAGAGUGGCAUAGGUGGCAAUCUCUUUACCGUAGAGGGCUUAAAUCCUUCCCAAUGAUUUAGACAAUUGUUCGAGACAUCCUCCAACGAUGAAUGCGGCAGUGUACAAAUACACACGCCGCCAGAUUCAAACAAUCCAUCAAAUGGUUGUGCCAUUACCACCAACACCAUUGAUGAAUUGAAACGAACAACAAAUACCGCAUUAGUGAGCACCGCUGGUGUUCAGGGAAAUAGUAGUGCAGCAACCAAUGCCGCCGUUAUGGCGGCUCUACAAAAUUGUAAUAACACCAAUACUUCCGCAGCGGUUGUAUCGUCUUUGAACAAUAGUGGCGGUAGUCUGUCAUCGGGCUUAGGUGGUGGAGGUAUUGUUGGUGGUGCAAAUACCAUACAGGCAGAGGAUUUGACGAAA